AACUAUAAAUGUAGCGGGCCAUGGGGUUGGAGGAUGAGCGGAAGAUGCUGACCAGGUCCAGAGAUCCCAAGGAGGAGGAAGCGGAGGAGGAGGAAUUAGUGGAUCCCCUAACAACAGUGAGAGAGCAGUGUGAACAGUUGGAGAAAUGUGUAAAGGCUCGGGAGCGGCUAGAGCUUUGUGAGGAGGAAGUAUCCUCCAAGUCACACACAGAGGAGGAUUGCACGGAGGAGCUCUUUGACUUCUUGCAUGCAAGGGACCACUGUGUGGCCCACAAACUCUUUAACAGCUUGAAAUAAAUGUGCAGACUCAUUUACCUGUGGGCACCACUGAGGCAUCAGGACAUUUCCUCAUGGUUUUGAACAUGUCAUUUGUUUCUUAUUUGUGUAACUAAGUUCAUGCGAACCUCAUAGAUUUGCUUAGGCA